AUGUCGACCACCGCAAAUGCGACCUUUGACGCCCUUGUUAUAGGGGGCGGCCCAGCUGGACUCUCAGUAGCAACCAGCCUAGUGCGCCAGGUGUACAGAGUAGCCGUCUUCGACUCUGGAAUUUACCGCAAUGCCCCGUCUAAUCACCUGCAUAACUUGGCUUCGUGGGAUCACAAGUCACCAGCCGAGUUUCGUUCCCAGGCUCGGCAAGACCUCUCAGACCGUUAUGCGGACCUAGUCCAGUUUAUAGACAAGCAGGUUGACGUUGCCAAGAAAACCGAUUCUGGUUUUGAGCUGGUCGAUGCGGAUGGCAUUACUUGGACAGGCAAAAAGCUGUUCCUGGCUACAGGAUGGAAGGAUCUUUUCCCUGAUAUUCCCGGUUACUCUGAGUGCUGGGCCAAAGGAAUAGUCACUAAUGCCAUCAGCUUUCACUGCCUCUUCUGCCACGGAUAUGAGGAUCGAGGCAAGCCAUCUGCUGGUGUCCUGGGUAUGAACUUUAGUGGCAGCUCGCCCAUGGCACUCCAUCUUGCUCGCAUGGUCCUACGGCUCGCUGAUAAAGCCGUAAUCUAUACCAACGGAGCAAACGGUCUGGGCGAGCAGAUCAAGUCCGACCUCACAGCCACUGGUACAGCCGGGGCCAAGAGUCGCAUCACAGUAGACAAUCGCAACAUCGUGGGUCUGUCAAUGAGGUCUAAGGGCAGCUCGGAUAUUGUGAUCAAGUUCGAGGAUGGCUCUGAGGUGGUUGAGGGAUUUUUGGCCCACGGGCCGAUGGGGCAGAUUAACGGGCCUUUUGCCGAGCAGCUAGGGCUUGAACUUACACCGACCGGCGACAUCAAGACGGAGGGCCAGAUGUUCGAGACUCAGGUCAAGGGAGCCUUCGCAGUGGGAGACUGUGCGACCGUGAUGAAGGCGGUUUCCCAGGCAAUUGGUAUGGGUUGCUUGGCAGCUGGUGCGGCGGCCGCUCAACUUGGCGCCGAGCUGGCUUGA